AUGGUCACUUUGUGUGAUUUGAAGCUGAGAAAAUUUGAGAAACGUAUCCCAAAUUCGAUGGACAAUAAAAAUUAUAACGACGAUGCGAGAUCUGAACAAUCGAAAUCUGCGCCGACAACCGCUUCUACUGUUCGAACUACUUUUCAGAAAUUCAAACAACAGCAGGAACUUCUGAGAAAGUUAGGAACCUUCAUCGAGGUGGAAAAACUUUUGAAUCAGUACAAAUCGAAACUAAACGCCUCACUGGCCAGGUGUCGAAUCAGACUCUCAAUCCCAUCUCUGAACUGCAUUCUGCCGGACAGUGUUAAAAAAGCAGAAACGAUGGUUCCUGAUAUGUUUGUGACUUUCUGGGUCAAUCAGCUAAAAGUUAGCUGUUUGCGCGUUUUCAGUAUCGAUAAAAUGGUUCACAUGCUGGAUCAAUGUGGCUUCCAGAAAGUGGAAAUCAUGGAGAGCAAUAAAAAAGACUUGAAAAUGUUACUAGCCGGUAACAGGUUUGUGUUUGACCGGCAGUGCUACGAUGUCAUUCACGUUGGUGGUCAUCAUUUUGAAUUCUUUGAGAACAACGAGUGGAGGAAGAAGAGGCUGAUCAUCUUGCAGGAUAGAUCAAGUUCUGUGGCAGUGCACUCACUCUUCAACCUAUCAAACCAAGGUGACGAUGACGUCAUUCACGUAAACCCCGGAAGUGGAUUGACGUCUGGUCACAUGGUCAGUUUGGUGCACGCGAGCAAAGGGUGUGGAAAGGUGUAUUGCACGGAAAUAGCAAGUGGGAGGUGGAAGUUGAUGAGGAAUUUGACAAAAAUGGGAGCUAUGGACAAAAUAAUAAUAAUUGAUCGGCUAUCUACCAAACAUCGCGAAUUGAAUGACGUCAAGUUGGCUCUAGUGACGUCACCGUGUUCGAAAUCAGGCCUUGUCAAUCCAGUCAACUUCCUGAUGAACGAAGGCGAAGCCGUCGUUCAAAAUAUCGUUGCAAAAGAAAAAUAA